AUGCGGCCGUGGCAACCGCAGAUGCAGGAUGUGGUGGGCCUUGCCGCCGCGGCCGAUCCCCAGUUUGUGAGGCUCCGGGACAACGCCCGAGAGAAGAUAUUCAAGUUUUUGCUAACGUUGCAAUUGCUGCCUCUCUGGCGGCCGCGCCUCCGGGCGCUCGCGAGCCGGCUAGAGGAAAUCUUGUUUAGAAAAUACCCAAACAAGAUGGAGUACCACAACAUGACGAGGCGACCAAUGUCGCCAACAAUGAUGUUUGCUAUCAAGACCUACACGGCUCAGAACCGACAAUACCGACAAAAUCAACAAUCGUUAAGACAGAUAGCAUCUUCCCAUGGCUAUGGUGCGAUGAAUCUGACAUCCAAUAUCAUGCAAGGUGCGAGUGAAAAUUCUAGAAUGUUUUAUGUGACGGGCAAUGUUGGCCCUUUGUCCUCUACUGCAGACAUGGUUCUGCAGAACGCCAACAUGGAUACCUCACUGCCAGAAGGAGCUUCUGAUGGGCAUGUGAACACAAUGCUUUCACUAGGGAUAAACCCUACACGACAUGAUCUUUCUGGAGCGUCCAAUAACAACCUGUUAACACACAAUCUGGAUACACGUGAAGCCAACAGAUUCUCUCCCAAGGUGGCGCAGGGACGCCCGGCACCUGUGAAGGAUCUCCCAAGGGAACCAAAAUUCACCUGCCCAGUCUGCAUCAAUGAGCUGGUCGAUGCAUCGUCUACUAUCUGCGGCCACAUCUUCUGCAAGAAAUGCAUAGAGGCCUCCAUCCGAUUUCAGAAGAAGUGCCCUACCUGUCGUAGGAGGCUGACCAUGAGAAAUUUCCACCGAAUCUACCUCCCGGCGAUGGAUUGA